AUCCUUAGGAUACCUACAAUACCGAAUGGCGCUUUCGCUGCUCUCACAUCAGCAGCAGCCAAAUUAUUUCGAUUUGCAAACAUUAUUCGAUCCAUACCCAUUGCAACAACAACAUCAACAAUCACCUUCCCACCUGCAGCAACAACAACAGUAUCAUCAUCAGCAGCACAUCCAGCAACAGCAGCAGCAACAACAAGAUUUAACGGCGCUCAAAAGCACCAGUAUCAGCGCUGUGGCAUCAAAAAUCAAUCCGACGACGGGAAUAACUAAUUUUUGCGCGGAUCAAAUGGAAUACGCAGCCAGCAAUCUUCACCAGAAUCACAACCAUUAUCAGCAACAGCAGAAUAACAAUAGUAGCGACAACAAUAACAACAGUGGCGUCAGUUCCAUAAGUAAUAAUAGCAGAAAAAUUAGUGGCAUUGCACCUACAAAUAAUAACAGUCAGAUAUUGCACAAAACAAAUCGAUUUUAUACAAACGGCUACUCACAUCACCAAAUAGCGUCGGAUUAUGUCAUUACGUUUGUAGACUCUCCGCCGAACUCUGAGGAAUCGUGGACAGACGAACAAUCCAAAGAAACGCCUGGACCCCAAAUUAUAGACGUACAGACAAUUUAUUCAAAUAGUGGUUCACGAAAGAGACGAAUGGAUUGGGAUCCAUUGGAUAUCGGUCAAAGUGGAACCACAACUGCAGCUCAGUCUGGAGAAUUAGCUAAUAAAAUUCCACUUCAGGAGAAGGAAAAACAAAAAAAGGAGAAAACGGCCGGACGUGGCAGUUGGACCGAAGAUAUUGGAUUCGAUUUGAACACCGACUUUAAUAGCAAUUCUUAUCUGAGCAAUGAAUCCUUUUUGUCAUUCUCUCCGGCCCUGACGGUACUGAAACAGGAGCCUCAAAGUGAUCAGUUGAAGGUCUCCAAUAAAAGUCCAUUAAAUACUCAUCCUGCCGUUGGUGGCAGUGGAGGAAGUGUACCAAAACUAGAUAAGGCAGCAUCGCACGUGGAUACGGCAGCGACCACUGAAGACACUUCCAAAAAUGCCUUGAACAAUUCUCUCUGUGGAUGUGGUUCGCCGAAGUCCGGCGUACCACAAGAAAUUGAACACAAUGGCAAUAACGCCGACAAGUCCAACAGUAGUGGAGCUAAUGGAUUUGGUAAUACCGGUUCACCCUACGGUGGCGGAGAAAAGAUUACUGUACAGGGAAAUUCAGGUUCACAGCAGUUGACUGUGGUCGAUGGAAGCAAAGUUGAGAACAGUACUGGAGGUGGUGGGGUUAAUGGCAAUAAUGCCAAUGCACACUCCGAUGAUCACAAAUUUCAGUACAUUUUGGCAGCUGCUACGUCUAUAGCUACCAAGAAUAAUGAAGAAACCCUUACCUAUCUAAAUCAGGGACAAAGCUAUGAAAUUAAGCUGAAGAAGAUUGGUGAUUUGUCAUUCUAUCGCGAUAAAAUACUUAAGAGUGUCAUCAAGAUCUGUUUCCAUGAGCGUCGCCUACAGUUUAUGGAGCGCGAACAAAUGCAACAAUGGCAAGCUUCACGUCCUGGCGAGCGAAUAAUUGAAGUUGACGUUCCACUUUCAUACGGCUUAUGUCACGUAUCGCAACCUUUAAAUCCAAAUUUUUUGAAUACCGUUGAGAUUUUUUGGGAUCCCUUGAAAGAAGUUGGCGUAUAUGUUAAAGUGAAUUGCAUUUCAACCGAGUUUACACCAAAAAAACAUGGCGGUGAAAAAGGUGUACCAUUUAGACUACAGAUUGAAACAUACAUAGAAUCAACCAAUACUACGGGAGCAGCAGUUACCGGUACGGCUUCAGCAUCUUCUUCAGUUGCAUCGGCAAUAUCAGCAAAUGGAACAGCCAAUGCGUCUUCGCCGAUUGGCCUUACAAUGUCCCCGGGCAUAUCGGGUAGUCUAACACCAAACCACAACACUAAUAGCAACCACCCAAUCGUUAGUGGUAAACAACCGGUUCACGCAGCGGCUUGUCAAAUAAAGGUUUUUAAACUGAAGGGUGCUGAUCGCAAGCAUAAACAGGAUCGCGAAAAAAUACAAAGGCGGCCUCAAGCAGAGCAAGAAAAAUUCCAGCCAAGCUAUGAAUGCACCAUUAUGAACGACAUACCUUUAGAGUUGAUAACUUCAACAACUUCUGGCAGCUUCAGUCCUGAAUAUUUGAAAAUUUGGCCUAACUCGCCGGUCCACAUUCCGAAGUAUGAUGGCAUAUUGCCGUACACUGGUGGAUCGCCUGUCACCAACACCAACCCCAUAGCAAUUAACAGUGUCACUUCAACAAAUUCACCAACGUUGAAACUAAUGGAUGGUAACAUGGUGUCCCCGCAGCAGUCCACCACGCCAGACAUGGAUGACUAUGCUAUCAACAUUUUGCCAGAGUCCACUCCGUCCCAAGUCGCACAGUGGCUGAACCACCAUCGCUUGACGUCUUACCUUUCAACAUUUGCCCACUUUUCAGGCUCUGAUAUUAUGAGGAUGUCUAAGGAGGAUUUAAUUCAAAUAUGCGGCCUUGCCGAUGGGAUUCGUAUGUUCAAUAUACUGCGCGCUAAAGCAAUUGCACCUCGUCUUACACUCUACGUAAGUAUGGACGGUAGUAGCUACAACGCCAUAUAUUUGGUCUCCAACACAUCAAGAGAACUAAUGCAGAAGCUUUGCAAAAUGCCCGGAUUUUACGAGAUGAUUGCAAACGGCACUACAAACGGAACAAUGGAAAAUGGAACUAUAUACAGCAACUGGAGCAUGCAUUCUAAAUAUUCCGGAAGUGGUUCAAACAUCUUUAGUGAUAGCUCUAAAAAUUUUAUAUUUUUAGCUGGCCCGUCAGGAGUGCAUGUAAAUGUAACUGAUGAGGUAUUGAAUAACGAAGUAAAAGACGGAAGUCUUUAUACUCUGGAAGUACAAAAUGGCCAAGUUGUUAUGAAAUUGAUUAACAAAAAUGAUAACUGAAGACGAAAUAUUCGUAUCAGGCAUAUUCUUAAUUUAUAAGCCCACAAUUUUAAUAUUCAACCCAACCUAAGCUUUGAUCUGACUCAAUUACCAACAAAAAUUAUUAUUACCUUCCAUUUAGAAACAUACUCAUAUGUACCAGGUUAUAAGAAAUUUAACAGCUUUUUUAAUUACUGCAUCAAAAUUAAUAUUUAUUUUGAGUAAAGAUAAAAUUUUCAAAUA